AGGCUGUAUAUGCAAAUGGGGGGCCUCAAGCCCCGUUAUAUGCAACAAUUCCCCAAAAUUUACCAUCGUUUUAUUACUGAAUCAGCUUUUACAUACAGUCACAGAAGUUACAAUUCUUGUAAGCCUAAUUCAGAAAGAAUUCAUUUUCCUCUCAAAAGUGAAAUCAUGUCAUCAUUCGAAAUGUCAAACAAUAACAACAUGCGAUUAGCAUACAACAACACUGACGGGACACCCAUUUACACCUCACCUGCACCUACUUAUAACAAUUCCGGCGCCGUCGCCGUCAGAAAUGGCGCCGGCGAGAGUAAUUCUAUGAUGGAUGGGGCUGUAGCCAAAAGGAAAAGAGGCAGGCCAAGGAAGUACCCAACGGCCGAUGUUAAUAAUUCUUCUUCUGCGUCUCCCAAUUUGCCGCAUGCCGUCGAGUCUGGUGGGUUUUCGUCUCCGGGUUCUUCGACAUUUUCGUCUGGGAAGAAAAGGGGCAGACCUCCUGGUUCUUUAAAUAAACAACAUCACUAUCCCGCUGCUUCAGGUUCACCAGGAGUCGGGUUCAUGCCGCAUGUUCUCGAUAUUCAAUCUGGAGAGGAUGUGUUGGCAAAAUUAAUGUGGUUCUCGCAGAAUAGCACUAGAGCGCUCUGUGUUCUGUCAGCUAACGGUUCUGUAUCGAAUGUAACACUUCAGCAAUCAGCAACAUCUGGUGGAACUGUGACAUAUGAGGGACGAUUUGAGAUCCUCUCUCUUUCUGGCUCAUUUAUGCUGUCAGAUAUUGCUGGUCAACGUAGUAGAACGGGUGGCUUAAGUGUGGCGCUCUCUGGCCCUGAUGGCCGUGUUUUAGGUGGUAAUGUAGCUGGCCUUCUCACUGCGGCAGCACCUGUUCAGGUUAUUGUUGGUAGCUUUGUUCCUGCAAGUCAGAAGCAAACAAAAUCAAGAGGUAAUAACGAGGCAGAAGUUGUAAAUGCCCCUCUGAGCGAAUCCUCAGGUGGAGGGCUUGGAAGUCCUCUCGGCCACAGUAACAAUAGCAAUCCACAAGGCAUGGCUAGCAUGCCUUGGAGAUAAAUCCGUUUUCUUGUGUGCUGUAAGCAACAGAUCCCAGUAUUAGGAAAACUUUUUCUUUCGUAAAUUUAGUUUCUAAACUUAUUGUGUAAGCAUAGCUGCUUGGCCAGGCCCUAAGUCUUGAUUGAAUUCUUUGCGUAUUAGUAAUAAGGUGUGACCUGUAAGACGUCGCAUUGUAUCUUCCGAGGUUAAGAGUUUUAGUUUAAAAAUAGUCUAGAAUCAGUAUUUUUAUAGAACAUUGGCUUUUUCUGUUUAA